AUGGCCUCCAAGACUAUAAAGGCGGCUCUCAAACGCUGCCAGGAUGCGAUCUCGAACAAUGAAUGGGUAGACGCCACGAGAGAGGUCGACCUUGUGCUCUCUUUUGAACCAGCAAACUACGUCGCCCGAUUGUUCAAAGGCAAAAUCUUGACCGAGAAGCAAUCAUACAAGGCUGCAGAGGGCAUCUACGAAAGCUUAAUCAAAGAAGAACCUUCCAAAAUCCAAGCUUAUCUCGGCCUGACGCAUCUUUACAAAGCAAGCAAGGAGUUCCAAAAGCUACUCGAUGCAAACUGCGCGAUCUUAUUUGGAAGUGACAAGUUUGGAAAAUAUGACAGACGAAGCGCGCUGCUUGCUGACUCGCUGGACUUGGCGAGUAGCCUUGAGAACUGGCCUGUGUACUUUCGGGUUUACCGUGAGCUCGAAGAUCCAAAGCGACUUGAGCUGCUCCACGAGACAUGGGAGAGGGUUCCGUUUCAGAUUCUCACGGAGAAUGGCGUCAUGCCUCCAACUGCUCGCUCAAAGAAACACGCAGUUUUUUCACUAUGGCUAAAUGGAAGUGUCGACGAAGAAGCCAUCCCUCCUGAAUGGAUGGAACAAUACGAGUACGAAAACGGAAAACGAACGUUCCUGGAAUCAGAGCACACAUUGAAACGCGUCAGCACAAUGCUCAAAAGUCUAAAAGAUCCUACCAAUGAAGUCGACUACCAUAAAUGCGCUGUCACAUGUCGUCAAGAGCUCCAAGCUAUUGAAAAAUUUAACUUUAUCAUUGCGCGAAAAAAUCUGGCGGGAAGAGAUAUCGAUAACAGUUUUGUCGUCUUCUUUAAAUCAAAGGAAAUGGCAAAGAUGCUGAAAAUCAUUAUUCUCGAGCUGACUCUCUUUAGAUCUACAGACCUCUAUACUGCCGAAGAGAUUCUAAAAGAAGACCGAGAAGAGGCUGCGUAUGACGUUUACCGCACAGAGUUUAAAUACCAAAAAGGUGCAUUAGAAAACGAAGAUCAAAAACAGAUCGACUACAAACAGUUCAUUCUUCAGCUCACCCCAACAAUCCCAUUUCAACUAAAAGACUUCAUUAAUAGUAAAACACUGCCAUGCAUCAAAGCGAAGUGGCUGAUCAAGCUCAACUAUUUGGACGUCGCCACCGAGCUUUUAAAAGAAGACGCAACGAAGAGCUACCUGAAGACGAAACUCGAGGGCAUCAUUGCAUACAAACAUAGGGAAAUCAAAGCCGCCAACAAACUCCUGCUAAAAUCGGCGAAAGAGAACACGAAUGACUGGGAGACGUUCUACUACAUUGGUUUAACCUAUCUAGAUCUAAACGACGAUGUCAGAGCAGUCAAAUGUCUCAAAAAGAGCAACCAGCUUCAAUUCAACCUUGCGAGCUUCGAAUUGCUGUCCGAGUACCUCCCGCCGGCCGAAUCCUUGAGUCUUUUAGAGUCUGCGCCUGAAUUCUACCAGAAACAACCGUUUAUAAUGAAGCGAUUGGCGAUUGCUUACCUGGAGCUUCGGAAGUACGAGCAAGGGAUGAGAGUUUACCAGAAGCUGUCAACGAUCGCUAAGGAUAAAAAUCCAACUUUUCUUGACGGUCUUGGCAACUGCUACGCUGGAAUGGGCAGCUUUUCCGCCUCGAUACGAGCAUUUCAGAAGGCGCUAGAACUGACAACAGACGAAGAACAAGAAAAUCACAUUCUCCUUCGAUUAAGUCAAAUGCAGCAGGCGAAUUUGGACCUUCCUGGAGCUCUGGAAACGCUUGAUAUCCUCGUCGAGCGGAAAUACCGCCUUGCGUACAUAGAACAGGCGCAAGUUUGGACGAGCAUGGUCAAGGACUACUUUGAGAGGUGGCUACCUGGUCUUGGUGGGCAAUACGCCCAGUACGCGCUUGAGUCUAUCAGCCGUGCAUUAAAGUCUGGAUAUGAAAACUCUGCGUUUUUGUGGAAAAAAGCAGCUGAUAUCUUUCAACUUGUUGCGUCAAACACUGAAACAAUCGAGCUAAAAGUCCCUGUUCUUUUUACCAACAAAAGUUUGGCCGAAGAUUGCGACUCAAUCGAAUCGAAAAACUGCGCCCAACUGGCAAUUCAAUGCUAUAGAAAAGUACUGAUCAUCUUGCCUGAUGAGCCGCGAGCUAUUUCUGACCUCUCUAUGGCCUACCAUCGCGCUGGAGAUGGCCAGAAAGCUCUGUUCUUCGCAAAGAAGGCAAUCGUUCUCUCUAGCAAGCUUCACUUAAGCAGAAGAGCACAGCUGUGGAAUCGACUAGGAGUUAUUUCUUCAGAAAAAGAUCCCAAACUCGCCCAGCACGCAUUUUGCCACGCGAUCGAAAGCGAGCACGAUUUCACGGAAGCCUGGUCGAAUUUGGGCAUCUUGUACUUCAACCAGGAAAAUCUGCGCAUGUCGAAUCAAGCGUUCAGCCGCGCACAAAGUGCAGAUCCGGAAAACGCACAGGCUUGGAAUGGCCAGGCCGAAAUUGCACGAGCGAUCGCCGAUCCAGACUCUGUCGAUCUGUCACGUCACUCUGCAGAGCUCGCCUCUCGCCAGGCUGCCCUGGCGUAUGCAUUUUACAUCGCCAAGAACAUUCAUAACCAGAGCGAACAGAUAAUCGUCAACGCGUUAACUCACAUCUUAAAAGCCGCCAACACUUACCCCUUGACUCCAAAAGAACACAAAGUCCACGCGGUUUUGGCUGAAAAACUCAAGCACCACCAUUCCGCUGCAGAAGCCUGGAAACAAGCUGGAGAAAAAAUUCACAGCGCUAGGAACUAUGCCAAAGCUGGUUAUUUAGCUGAAGCGCUGGAGUUAAUCGAAGAAUUCGACGAUUCCGAAGUCGAGGAAGAAAACUUUCAAAUCGGUAAUAUUUUGAUGCAAUGCGAUGAGGUUGCUUUGGCUGGGGAAUUCUUUAAAAAAGUUCUCGCCAAAAAUCCAAGUCAUCAGCUGGCGAAGCUGUACUGUGGUCUAGCGCAUGUGAAGCAAGGCCUGAUCAAUGAAGCGAAGACUUACUUGUUCGAAGUUUUCACCAGAGCACCUUCUUUUAUCAAGCAACAGGCGAUCAAGUAUCUUUCUGUUGUUGGCUGGCUUGAACAAGACCAAGAGCUCAUGGAUGCAGUCGCGAAAGAAGCUUCAAAACUCCCCGAAGAUAGAGAUGUGGCUGUAGAAAUCAAUGUCCGAGCAGCGGUAGUCCGUGGCGAUCUCAAUAAAGCAAAGGCGCUGUGUGGCAAAGCGAUACUUCGAAAUCCACUGAAUCAGAAACCAAGAGUUCUUCUGGCGAAACUUUUGCUGAAACACGAGCAGAUAAAUGCAGCUAUUCCAUUUGUUAUCCACGAUGACACGAACCCGAAGAACAUUUCCAUCGCUUCCUCGACGAAACUCGCGAUGGUCGGGCGAGCCGGUUUCAAAGCGCACAAAGCAAUUGCAGCUGCGAGACACAAGUGCCCGUGGGACGUAAAGAUCAAAAACGCAUUUGCUGCCAGCUUCGACAAUGUGAAAGCAGCGGAACAUUUGCGAGCUUUCGGAAGGGAAGUAAACAAUGAGAACAUUACUCGCGUCGAAAAAGUUCAAGAACUAUAUUUUAACGAAAUCGCCGCUGGACCAUAUGAUGCCUGGAACGUCUGGGCACUUUGUGGAUUGAUGCGAAUAUCGGGAUGUGUGCAUUCUGACAUUUCAAAGGAAGUAGCUCGUCGACUGGAGAAUGACGAGAUCGCAGAGGAGCUGCACAUACCGGUUCUAGCGACACUAGCCGCUCUAGCAAAGCAAGGCGAGGAACUGGUCCUUCAAAACACCCCUAUCAAUGUUACGACGAUCAUGAUGCUCAUGGAAGACAAUGAAGAAAAUCUUCCUAACUGGCUACCGGAUCUAAUGGCAACCAAGGCAAAGUCGGAUAACAUGCCAGAAGAAGCGUUAAAAGCACAUCUGCUUGGAUUCGAUGCUUCCAAAGCGAACAAAUAUAAAGUUUUUGAGGUUCUUGUCGAAGCAAUGGCGUUGAUCAAGGCCGGAGGCGAUGAAAAGGAAAACUGCAUCGAGAUCAGUGAGCUUCUACUCAAGAAGCUCAGUGACUACGAGCGAUCCCAGCCGAUGGGCCGCUUUUUUGAGGGAUUGCUGGCCAUGUAUUCUGGAGACGAGCCUAAAGGCUUGUCCAUUCUUGGCAAGCUAAGCCGUCUCCGCGGCUCUGGCGCCUGGAAAUCAGCUACAAGAUACUUCCUCACUGGCUUUUAUCAAAAGAACCCGAAGAUGGCAAAGAAGCUUAAAGACCUGUUCAAAAAUGAGGAUCCCAACGAUCCGUUUUACGACUAUUCCAAAAAAGUUCAUGGCAUUGAGUAA